AAAAAUAUAUAUUUUUAUCGUUAAAAGAUAAAAUAACAAAAACAUGCCACUUUCAUUCCAUUUCGGAGUUAUGUUCUGCUUCAUGUUGAGUCAUGAACAGUAGAAGAUGGUUGCAAUACAGAAUAUGACCGGGAGAGGGCAGCAGCACACCAGAAUGAGCAUCUAUGUGACCAAUAAAAGAAGAGUAUUUCUCAUCAGAGCAUAUUGAACUGUAACAGUAGCAGCAAUGACUGAGGGGGAAAACGGUGUAAUAUUUAGUUUCCAGCCAGACCAAAUUAUAUUUAAAUGAAAUUCAGUGAAUAAAAUUACAUCAACAUCUGGAACAUCGUUUUUUUUUCCUCACUUUUUUCAAACUGUAUCAUGACUAGAAAUACUGAUAUCAGAGCAGUUAGUGAUCACAUCCGAUGUUUCUCCUGCCUUCUUACGCUCUUCUUAGGAACUUCCUGGAUACACAUCUAACUAUUUCCUGGUGUUACAACUCAAACAAACUUUUAUCCACGUCAAGUCAGAGCAAAACAAUUUCAGUUGCAUCAUGAUUUAUCCAAAAUGUUUCUCUGCUGAACCAUGUUUUAUUUUCCAUUUUCAACUUCGCAUUGAUAAGAUUUCUGCUAUUAAAAUCAUACAAUAUAUUUGGCCACAUAAAGAAUGAUUUUUGAGAAAUUCAUUUAAAAACAAGAAGCAACAUUGUUCUUCAACUAUAAAAACUGAACCUAAGGCAUUUCUUGUUUUCUCUACAUCAGAGUUGAAUUACUCAGCGGAAUAUUUUUAAAUGUUCCUGUUUUUCAAAAACUUAUCUGCUACCAUCAUGUUCUGCUAUGAGCUGCUCACACAUUCAGAGAAGAGGAAGGAAAUUGAGCUCAUCAACAACUUCUUUAUGCCAUUUGCAUAAAGUUCUGUGGGAAAAUAACUUCCUGUCACUUUUCUCUACAGUCUAAAGUAGAGUCUCUGCUUGUUUAGUUCAUUUAAAGAGAUGAAAGGAGCAGCUAUGAGUUUCUCAGCAGUGAUCUGUGGAGUUGUCGUCCUUCUCAUGGCAGCAGAUGUUUGUGGUCAGAAUGGUUGGGGAGUGACUUAUAGUCCUUCAAGUCUUUCAAUCUGUGCCCUAAAAGGAUCAACGGUGGAAAUGAGCUGCAACUAUUUUUACCCAACUAUGUUCAAACAAACAAACAUUAAGAUAAAGGAAACAUUUUGGUUUACUAAAGAGUUUGUGGAUCUGAAAGACGACACAGAUUAUUCACGUCGUGUGAAAUACAAUUGCACAAACACGUCCUGCACUCUGAAGAUCUUUAAUGUGAGACAAACUGACUCACAAAAUUACAAGUUCAGGUUCAUAACAAACCAUCUAGAAGGAAAAUACAAGGGUUCACCUGGAGUCUCUUUAUCUGUCACAGUAGAUCCUCAGCUCCAGGUGAAGGUGAACAGAUUCAAUAAUCCAAUCAGGAUCCAGCUGACAUGUCACACUGACUGUCUGCUGGAUCCUCCAGUUUCCUACGUCUGGCUGGAGGAUGAGAAAGAACACAAAGAAAAGAACAAUAAUUUGGUUCUGUCCUCAUUUAAUACCAUACACAGAUAUCAAUGUGCCAUAAGACGACGUGAGGAUGUUCCAUCUCCUGCAGUCUAUGCUCCACAGAGCACCGUUCUGUCAGUGACCCCCUCAGAAACUGUUGAAGGCUCUACAGUGACUCUGACCUGCAGCUGUGAUGCUAAACCAGAAGCUAAAUACAACAUUUACAGGAUGAAUGAAGAUCAACAUGGUCAACUUGUCAGUACAGAAACACAACUAGUCUUCAGCUCCAUCCAGGUCUCUGAUUCUGGGAAGUAUUACUGUACAGCUGGAAAUGACCUUGGGAGCCGGACGUCUCCAAUUAUCGAUAUUAAUGUGAAAUACGGUCCAAAGAACUGUUCUGUGUCGGUGAAACCCUCUGGAUCAGUAGAGGAGGGAAAGUCAGUGACUCUGACCUGCAGCAGUGAUGCUAACCCAGCAGCUAGCUACACCUGGUACAAGGAGAAUCAAAUCAUUUCUAAUGGAUCUAAGGAUUUUAAUAUCCUCUCUAUUGGCUCUGAGCACAGAGGAAGCUACUCUUGCAAGGCUCAGAACCUGUAUGGAGAAUGUAACUCUUCACCUCUGUUUCUUGAUGUUCUCUAUGCCCCAAACGUCUCUGUGUCCAUAACUCCUUCAGGUGAGAUCAUGGAGGGAAACCAAGUGACUCUGACCUGCAGCAGUGAUGCUAACCCAGCAGCUAGCUACACCUGGUACAGGGGAAAAGACAACAAACUCCUGGAAUCAAAUAAAAAUCUCAUCUUCAACUCCAUUAAUGUAAAUGAGUCUGGACAAUAUUACUGUACAGCCAUAAACAACAGGGGGGAAAAGAAGUCAAGCGUCAGUGUUGAUGUUAAAUAUGCUCCCAGAUCUCCUUCAGUGUCUCAGAGUCCGUCUGGUCACAUCAUGGUGGGCAGCUCCGUGACUCUGACAUGUAGCAGUGAUGCUAACCCAGCAGCUAGCUACACCUGGUACAAGGAGGGAGAGGAGACACCAAAAGCUUCAGAAGAACAAUUCACCAUCACCAACAUACAAAAUGAACACAGUGGGAAAUAUUACUGUACAGCCCAGAACAAUAUAGGACGUCAAAACACCUCUCUAUCUGUGACUGUUGUGGCAGGACAAUCAAAGCUAGUAGUCAUUGUCACCAUUGCUUCUAUUUUGCUGAUCAUGAUAUUUCUCCUUAUCUUCUUAAUAUCGAGAAAGUGGAGAACUUCAACACCACCGCCUAAGCCUGGAGGAAACCCCAACAACAUUGAGCAGCUUCAGCAGAGCCAACGCAGCCUGUCGAAGUCGCAGGAAGACCUUCAGUACUCCAGCGUCCGGUUCCUGAAGAAGCAGAGAGAUCCUGUGUAUGAAAACUUUCAGCCUGGUAAAACCGCCACAGCUCAUCUGGAGGAAGAGGGCGAGAACAUAGAGUACGCUACUGUCAAGUUUGGCCAGAGAACUGAAAACCCAGAACCCGAAGAUGAUUCAAAUGCUUUAUACAGCGUAGUAAAUAAACCUAAACCGGGUAAUUAAUAUUUACUGCUGUACAAACACACUUGUGGUCAUCUGGUUGUCCUUUUUUCAUUAUAAUUAUCUGCAGCUUUAGCAAUCAGCCUGCAAGUAAACAUUAGGAUGGACCAAAAUGCCCAGAGGAUGGACAUUCUGCUUUGAGCUUCCUUUUUACACAUAUUGUCAUUAUUAUUACUAUUAUUAUUAUUAUUGCUGGGAAAGAGGACAAUUCAACUAAUGCUUCUUUAAGACACAAUGAAACAGAAAGUGUAACACCACAUAUACAGAGAAGACGUCAUCUGGAACUGCAUCACAACUGGAAACAGAAGACAAAUCUUUUGACAAAAAAAAAGACCUUUCAAUUGGGAAGAUAUUGAAAGGAUUAAAAGAUAUAUAUUAAUGAGUGAGUUCUCAAACUUUCCCAAAAAGGAGGAAACGUUGGUGAGAGGAAGUGGAUGGAUUUCGCCUCACCCACAAAAACCGUCUUUCUGUUGCAAACUCCUUUUUCCCCCAGGACCAUUUAUUUCACAGUUAUUUCUGCGUAACACCUCAGCCGUAUCAUGAAUCCUGCCUGUAACAACGACAGGUUUGAGAGCAGGAGCGUUGCAUCAGCUAUAGAAGUCAACAGUCAGACCAUGAACAUGGUGUUGGCGUGACGCUUGAGAGGACCGUGUCAAGUGUCAGACCGUCAGUUCCUGAAACGACACACCCACACAAAAAAACUUGCCCCGUCCGACUGUGCACAGAGUAAAAGACUUGUGGGGUCCAAAUGACUCCAUUUCUUAAGACCGUGGGAGUUUUAAGGUGAACACAGGUGUGUUUCUGAAACUAAUGGGGGAGAAAAUGCACUGUUUUAUCAGCAAUAUGUGUUUUUUAUUCAUUAAAAAAAAGGUGAUGACUCACUGAUGCCAAAUGAACAACAGGUUGUACAUAAAUAAUCAUUUUAACUUUUGUUACAUGUGUACAGUUUGCUUGAAGUAACAAAAACAACUAUUAUAAUAAAAUGAGCUGUAUUAAUGUAUUGAUAGCCUCAUCAUUGAAGCCCAAAUACACGAGCUUGUGU